GCACCCAGUUGAGAUUCAGCCAACCACACUGUAAGGUGAAGUUACAGAAGCUAGCAGUGGUUAAAUUUAAAACACCUUGCCUUCGGUGCUCUAAUGUCAGGAAUUAAGUGUUCGUUAAAACGUUGAGUGUAAGGCAAGUUCUUUUUAAAAAAGCCCCGAAUUAGAAAGUUGAAAAGUAAUUUAUGGUAAUUAUAUAACUUGGCUAACACAGUCCCCGGGGUUUAUUUUUAACUCUGAGUAGUUAAACUACGACAGGAAGUUGGUAGUAGACAGCUAGCAAAUGCGCGUGUCAGUUCAUUAGCUUGUACGUGUUGUAAAUAAAAACAGUGUUAAAUUGACUCAGACUAACAUGGCAGGACCCGAGCUGCUGCUGGACUCCAGUAUCCGUGUGUGGGUCGUGUUGCCGAUUGUCUUCAUCACGUUUAUAGUGGGAGUUUUGCGGCAUUAUGUUACAAAACUCAUCCAGAGUGAGAAGAAGGUGGAGCUGGAGCAGGUCUCUGACAGCCAAGUGUUAAUGCGCAGCCGCAUACUGAGAGAGAACGGCAAGUACCUCCCCAAACAGUCGUUCGCCAUGCGCAAACAAUAUUUUAACAACGCUGAAACUGGAUUCUUCAAGACGGUCAAGAGAAAAGUGGUUCCUAAAAAUCCCAUGACUGAUACCAGCAUGAUAACCGACAUGAUGAAAGGAAAUCUCACCAAUGUCCUGCCAAUGAUAUUAAUCGGUGGAUGGAUCAACUGGGCCUUCUCUGGAUUUGUCACUACUAAGGUUCCUUUUCCACUGACUCUGAGGUUUAAACCCAUGCUGCAGAGAGGGAUUGAACUGGUGUCACUGGAUGCAUCCUGGGUCAGUUCAGCCUCGUGGUACUUCCUGAACGUGUUCGGCCUACGGAGCAUGUACUCCCUCAUACUCGGACAGGACAACGCCGCUGAUCAGUCGAGAAUUAUGCAGGAACAGAUGACUGGAGCGGCGAUGGCUAUGCCACCGGACCCCAACAAGGCCUUCAAGAGUGAAUGGGAGGCUUUGGAGAUCGUCGAACACAAGUGGGCUCUGGAGGACGUUGAAGAGGAACUCGUGUCCCGAGACCUGAAUUUUCGAGGACUCUUCAUCCAGAACCGAGAAGGGAAAAUAGUCUAGCACUGUGAUCUCUAAAUGUACACUGAUUGACGGUAGUUAAUGCACUGUUAUGAACACAAAGAUAAACCUCAAUAGAUAACUUAAUAACGUUACUAAUUAUUCUCUCUAUACUGGAUAAUACCGGUGGACGAUUCGACUCCUCCAGACGAAUCGUUAAGCGUAAACAAACUGCCCUUAAAAGCAUUUCAGCGUCCGAGAGCGGGAGGAGAAGCGGCUCGUGCCAGAAGGGGAACUUUUUCAGCAAUUGCCUGUGAACCCGAUGCCAAAAAGUAAGAACGAAGUAAAAACGUGUGGUCUCGUACGUCAGUUUGAUGUAUUUCAGCGCGUCUCUUUCGUGUAUGAUGUUUUUUUUUUUUUUUUGUGGUGUAUUAUACCUCGUCUUCAGUGUUGCCUUGAUUCAUCGAGUUAUUUCAGGUAUUUUCUUCCAUGUUUCAGUGACUAUUUUUUGUUUUCAUGCCGUACUCUUUAAAAAAAAAAAACAAAACGAUGUACAGAUGUUUCUCUAAUGGGAAACGGAACGUAGCAAUAUCGCGUUAACUAACUUAAUAAACACUGCACAGCAGCCA